AUGGACGGCAGCGCGGGCUGCCAGGCGGGCCCCGCCCCGCCCCGCGGCAGCGGCGAGCCCCCGGAGCCGCCGGCCAUGGACACGGAGGAAGGGCCCGCGCUGCGGCCCGGCGGCCCCGGGCGGCCGGAGGGGCCCGCCUUCCUCAGCCCGCGCCCCGGGCACGACCUGUCCGGCCCCGAGGGUCAGCCCGGCCCGGGCCCCGCUACAGACCCGACCGCCCGGGCGGGGGCGCGAACUGAGCUGUGCGGGGACCCGGGGAGCGCGGUGGAGCCGGAGGCGGUGCCGCGGGGCGGCGCUGGCUGGAAACCCGGCGGCAGGAGCGGCCCCGCGGAACCGGGACAGCCCCGAGCGCCCAGCGACGCGGCGCGCAUGGAGCUGGAUGAGGCCCCCGAGGGCAGCGCCCGCCCGGGCAGGGCCCCGUGGGCCGAGGACGCGGAGGAUGAACCCUCAGAGCUCCAGGGCCUGCUGGCCCAGCUCCAGACCCUCGACCCCAGCCUCUGCGACCGCCCGCCCAGCGCGCCGGGCCCGCUGCCCCCCGGCAGCUCCGGCAGCGCCCGGGUGGGCGCGCAGCCCCGGCGGAGCCCCGGGCAGUGCCGGGGCCGGUGCCAGCCCUGCCCGCUGCACGUGGCCACGGGCCGGGGCCUGCAGACGCGGCCGUGCUGUGCCCGGCGCUCCGCCUGCGCCCGGCCCUGCCACGGGCUGCUCUUCGCCGAGGCCGAGCGGGAGGACUUGCUGAGCCUCCUGCGCUACGAGGGCGGGCUGCCGGAGCCCAGCGCCGAGACGCCCUUGGCCCGCUCUGACGUCCUGGCCGGGACCAACCUGGAGCUGCUGCGGGCUCAGGAGGAGCUGGCCGCUGCGGAGAAGCCUGAAGGGCUGGGGAGGCCAGAGAGCUCAGAGGAAGGACCUCCCGGUGACUGGUAUUACGGAGAGGGGCUCGGCGAGGUCGACUCCACCUGCAAGGGCGAUCGGGACGGUUCCCCGGAGCCAGCCUGGGCGGCCCUGCCUCCCGCUGCGGCCCCACGGGCAGAGCAGCCACCCCAAGGCGGCGUGACCGUGAGUGCAUCGCACAGGGGCUGCGGCAGCGAGCCAGGACGUGCCACUUGGAACAGGGAACCCCCAUCCUCCUGCCCAGCCUUCAAAGAGGUUCCAGGCCCUUGUGACCCGGAGGAUCUGCUGGACGGUGUGGUUUUUGGGGCAAAGUACCUGGGUUCCACACAACUGGUCUCGGAGAGGAACCCCCCAACCAGCGUCCGCAUGGCGCAGGCCCAGGAGGCGGUGGACAGGAUCAAGGCACCGGAGGGGGAGUCCCAGCCCAUGACCGAGGUGGAUCUGUUUGUCUCCACGCAGAGGAUCAAGGUGCUCACGGCCGACACGCAGGAGGCCAUGAUGGAUCACUCCCUCCAGACCAUCUCCUACAUCGCUGACAUCGGCUCCCUCGUAGUGCUCAUGGCACGCCGGAAACUGCCUCGGCGGUCGGAGGUGACGGAGGAAAAGCGGCUCUACAAGAUGAUCUGCCACGUCUUCCACUCAGCUGAUGCCCAGAUCAUUGCUCAGGCCAUCGGGCAGGCGUUCGGCGUGGCCUACCAGCGCUUCCUGGAGGCAAACAGCAUCGACCCGAGCCAGCUGAGCCCGCGCCAGUACAGCCAUGCCCUUGAGGACCAGGAGCAAUACAACGCAGAGCUGAACCACUUCUCCCGGCAGGAGAACUGCAAGGACGUUUGCAUCCGGAAGCAGAAGGGGGAGAUCCUGGGCAUCGCCAUCGUGGAGUCGGGCUGGGGCUCCAUCCUGCCCACCGUGGUCAUCGCCAACCUGAUGCACGGGGGCCCUGCGGAGAGGUCGGGUGAGCUGAGCAUCGGGGACCGCCUCAUGUCCGUCAACGGGACGAGCCUGGUGGGGCUGCCCCUCCACACCUGCCAGAGCAUCAUCCGGGAACUGAAGCACCAGCCGGAGGUGACACUGAACAUCGUGCACUGUUCCCCCGUCACCACGGCUGUCAUCCGGCGCCCCGACUCCAAGUACCAGCUGGGCUUCUGUGUUGAGAACGGUGUGAUCUGCAGCCUGAUGCGCGGGGGCAUCGCGGAGAGAGGCGGCAUCCGUGUGGGGCACCGCAUCAUUGAGAUCAACGGGCAGAGCGUGGUGGCAACGCCCCACGAGAAGAUCAUCCAGAUCCUCACGCAGGCGGUCAGCGAGGUCCACAUCAAGACCAUGCCGGCCUCCACGUACCGCUUGCUGACCGGGCAGGAGCAGCCCCUCUUCCUGUGAGCCGCCGGCUGCCACCGCACGUGCCGGGGCCAGGCAGGAGCGAGCCAGGGCUGUGCGGGCAGGACCGGCUCUGCCCCCGCCCCAGCGCCCUCAUCCAUCCCUCUGCCUGCGCCUCUUGGGUUUUACUCAGGACACAGCGGGGGUCUGAUCACCAGCCUGAGCAGGGUCAGCGCUGGCCGUGCCAACAUUUGGGCACCUUGUUCCCUCCCUGCCUCCCAGUGCCUGUCCCGCUGCUUCACAGCAUCCCUCACCUUGGCCUGUGCAGGAGGAGAGCGGACCCUGCGUGGCAGGUCACCAUCCAGUCCCCACACACAGUGCUCUUAGCUCACCGACAGUGCCUUUACCCAGGUGGGGGUGGUGCCGGCAGCCCCAGCCUCUGCACACCUGCAUGUGGGCGCACGCUGACACCCCGAGGGGGAGCCUGCGGGGCCCCGACUCAGCCCUCAGGGCACCUGCUCCUUCUCCCUGGCUUUGCCAGGGCUGCAAACAAAAUCCCCAUUAGACCUGUUGCACCGAGCUGGGAAACUACCUCUGCUGUUCCGUCGUGCUGCUUUUGACCGCUCUGCACACGCAGACCAGCACCAGCUCCCAGCCCUCAGCCCCACCCAGGGGACGCGGUGCUGCCCGGUCCCGUGUCCGAGGACCAGCCCCUGGUGCUGUGUUUUUCAUGAGUGGGUGUCUGGUUCCUUGUGGCUGAGGCAGCACUGACCUUUCUGUGCCUGCGUGCUUGGUUGAUGUAAAAAUAAACAUUUGAGGGAGUGUGGAA